UCACGGGUUCAUGGCUUACAUAAGAUUGAGAACGUGUACGUGAUUGGGGGUAAAAUGCCAGUUUCCUAACUCCUAGCCAAUAGGAAUUUACGUAAAAUAAACUAUGAUAGACGGUUUGCAGCACACGAAUGUAUCGUCUGCAUCGUUGAAUCUACGGUUACAAACGUAACAGGAAAACAGGUUAAGACAGGAACCAGGCUUGUUUCUACUUUUUGGAAAUUGGAAUUGGACCAGGCUUUGAGUCGGUUGGCAAGUUCUUGCCUCAAGAUGAACCUUCUGACGGCAGCGUUUUUACUACUGCUGGGAAUAGCUGGGUCUGUUGAAGCCUCCCACAAUGGUCUGGCUCUGACUCCGCCCUUGGGCUGGAAUUCCUGGGAGAGAUUCCGCUGUAAUAUAGACUGUGAUGUAGACCCAGAGAAUUGUAUCAGUGAGAGACUAUAUGCAGAGAUGGCCAAGGUGAUUGCUACUGAAGGCUACAAAGAAGCCGGCUAUGAAUAUAUCUGCAUGGAUGACUGCUGGAUGUCAAAAACACGUGAUAAAGAUGGACGACUCCAACCAGACCCCAAAAGGUUCCCUAACGGACUGAAGGCACUAGCUGACUACAUCCAUUCCCUGGGUUUGAAGUUCGGGCUGUACCAAUCAAUGGGGCUCUUCACCUGUGAGAAAUACCCUGGCAUCUGGGGCCAUAUUGACAUUGAUGUCCAGACGUAUGCAGAAUGGGGCAUAGAUCUGGUCAAGAUGGAUGCCUGUUGGAAUCUUGGCAAGGAGAAGAUGGGAGAAGGGUACAUUAAUAUGUCUAAGGCUCUUGACCACAGUGGAAGGCCCAUCCUCUUCUCAUGUGAGUGGGCACACGAAGCUAGUCCCAACUUUACCGAGAUCGCAGAAUAUUGCAAUUCAUUCAGAGACUACGGAGACAUCCAGGAUGACUGGAACGUUGUUCUGCACGUGAUUGACUGGUUUGCUGAGCAUCAGGCUGUGCUUUACAAUGCAUCUGGACCCGGCGGCUACAAUGAUGCUGACUUUAUCAUAGCGGGUGAUUUCUCCUUGAGCACAACUCAAGCCAAGUCGCAGUUUGCCAUGUGGACCAUGAUCACCUCCCAGCUCUUCCUGUCCAGCGACCUGCGGACCCUGGAUCCCCAGGCCAAAGCAAUAGUUCUGAACAAAGAGGUCCUUGCAGUCAAUCAGGAUAAGUUGGGCAAGAUGGGUCAGCGGAUAUACAAGGACUCAACAUUUGAAAUCUGGACCAAGGAACUAAUCAACCAUUCCUACGCAGCAGUUUUGUUCAGCCGGGCCACCGACAUGCCCCACAACCACACUGUCACCAUGAAAGAGCUAGGCUUUCCUGAUCCUAUGGGCUACUCUGUACGUGACCUGUUUGCCAGCAAAGACCUGGGGUUCUUCAAGCCGUCCACUCCACUGAGCUUCAUGGUGGAUCCCAGUGGGGUGGUACUAAUCAGAGCAAUGCCAACGAAUGCAAUGAGGAAAAGACCCUAGGAAAAUAUCCAAGAAACACCGAAAAUGUUUGGUUGAAAAAAAAGAGAGUAAACUACCGGGCAGUUUUUGGUAGCUUAGAAUUUUGAAUUUCAUUGGUAACGAAUCAGUAAGCGUACAAUGUUUCUACAGCCAGAUAUUGAUUAAAAGUAAAACUGUAGCAGUUGAUACUUACCGAGCAUGUAAACUUAUAAUUUGUGCUAUUUGUUUUUAAUUUGAAAAAGUAGUGAAAAAUUACAAAAUACUCCGGGUGAUCUCUAGAUUAUGUAAAAAAUUUGGAAGUUUUGUUUCCAUAUAGGAAAGUCUCAAUCAGGAUUUCAAUUUGCAUUUCCCAAAUUAUUUGAUUACAAGUCUAUCAUAUACAUGUAUAUAUCGUGGAUAUUAUGGUAAUUUUUUUACAGUUCAGUACUGUAUGGAUUUUGUGAUAAAAUCUUUUAGAUGAAAUCUUUACUUUUUCCACUCACCUGAAAUAUGAUGGUACCUUCCCUUUUGCAAAAGGAUAUGUGUUGUCUGUGAUUGAGGUAUUAUAAUGGGUUUUGUUGCUCUGAAAAGGUACAAGCUUUAUCUCUGCCAAAAAAAUUAGCGAUUCCCUGUCUUUCUCGAAUAAUCAAUGCUGAUGUAUGUUUCUAGGACUUAGUAAUCCAUAUUUUUGGUCAGUGUUUUGUGUACAAUAUCUGCUCUUAGACUGUGCAAAACGGGGAGUGGGGGGGAGACGUGCACUGGGAGGCACGCUGCCUCUCUUCAGUCAUUUUCAAUUUCUUUUUUAGGAAUUGAAAGUUCCUGCAUUCUGGAAGCAUUACUAAUGUUAUUUCUUGGGGAAGAGGGGAAUUGGACAGCCAUUUGGGGGAAAAAAGGAUCCACUUUUCCACCCUGACCCAAGACUUGGACCACACUCCACUGUGCAAGACGUAUAGCAGUAUUGGCAUACCCAGUAUUGCAUUUGUGAAGGUACUCUGGGAAAUGCUGCUAAUUGUGCAGAAGAGCGGAAUUGUCUUUAUUACUUGGAACUCUUCUUUUUUUUUUAAACUGGACAAUUUUCCUUAAGAGUAGUCCCUGUAAAGCACCUUUCCAAAGACAAUUGCUGGACACAAUGUGCAUUAUUUUAAAGACAAUGAGAGUCAUUAACCAUUUGUUGCUUAUCUUUGAGAUAACAGUUAAACAAACAAACUGAUUGUUUUAAUCCUUGCAUUUCAGUUGAAUUGGCAUCAAGUACAACGAAAAACUUGCAAAGACAUUCAAUUGUCGUACAUCUGAAACAAUUGUUCAUUUUUGAAAUAAUUUUUGAACAAAGAAUCAAAUUACGAAUAUGUUUUUUCAGUAUACUGCUGUAUUCAUCAUCACGAUUUUUAGAUUGUUUUCCAAAUAAGCCAGUGUACUGAUGAUAUGUCUCACUUCGUUGUGUACUUUCCUAUGGAGCCAAUGGGGCCCACAGUGCACUGAGCACCAUAGGAAAGUGGACAAGUAAACAAAGUCUGGCGUCAUCAGUACACAGGUCUGUCUGUAGCCUCAUUGGGAUUUUAGCAAACUUGCUUUCUUAUCCUGUUAUUGUCAUCAAAACUGUUGCAUACCUCGAAUGCUGAUGAAAGUUGAUGGUGUGGAGGGAUAAAUCCGGGCACUAGAUCAUUACCUGUAUGUAGUUCUUUAUGUAAGUGCCACCCCUCAGAAUUGUUUGAUAAUAUACUCUUUUCUACAAAUUUGUUAUAUAUUUAAAUUAUCCCAAAGUGGCAUAUGAACUUUCUUUAAAAAAUGAAUAAUUGGUGAAUGAAAUUAAAACACACCUCUGAAUGAUUUGUGA